AUGCCGACGCAUCUUUCUUAUUCCAGCGGACCUGUAAUUGCGAUGCGCGUUCGCGGAGAUGUACGAGCCGCUCUGGGAAGCAGCAAAUUAUGGCCAUUACCUGUGAAUAAUAUAGUGGAGAAUGAUGUGAAUGAACCUUCCAUCAGGCAACGUCUAAGUUUAUCGGAUGUUCGGAAUGUUGCUCAUACAUCUGAUGCUGAGUUUGCUGCUAAGGAGCUGGCAAUUUUCGAACCAUUUGAAUCACCUAUGACAUUGUUGGAUCAAAUUCUCUCGGAACAGAUAGUUCACAAAAGCACAGCUCAGGAAUUGCAUAUGUCUAAUUAA